UACAUAUUCCUCAUAACAAAACAAUAUGUUAAGUCAGUGUGAGCAAUGUUUGUUAAUCCUUAAUUAGUGGAGUCACCAUAAAAAGGAGUCAAAAUAAUUGUCAUCUGCUCGUCUUGAUUUGCAACAUCCCAGCACGUAGUGCGUGAAAAUACCUCGGUCUGUUUUUGGCGAACAGGUAGGUGCUGGGAAUCACCAGUGGUGGAGCUUUGAAAAUGUCGACCUUUUUGCUUUGAGCAAUUAUGGCGUACGAAGUUAAUCGAUAUUUUGGGCGUUUUUUUUGAGGAUCUCUGCAACAUGACAGAAGCCGUAAUCCAAAACAUUGUGUCGAAUUUUAUGUGGACUUGAUAGGAUGCUUAUUAUUGACAGCGCCCAUAUUAUCGUUGCCAGAAAUGCUUUCAGACUGACUGUCAUAUACUGACGAUAUCAGGGAAUUAUCCGCAUUUUACAUGUUUCGCAACGACAUGCACAUGCGAUAAAUUCGCAGAAACAAUCAGUUUUUAUGGCUUCCGUAACACGUUUUUGGGGGUCUGCAUACGCACAUUCCAAGCCGUAUCCUUACGAAAAUGUCACACCACUGAUGAACACCCGACAGUCUUCAGGGUUAUCGGGCUUGAGUAGUGUUGCCUCCCCGGUAGUAAAUAAACCAAGGGCCGGUGAGCCAAGCAGAGAGCUUUUCCAGGCCUGCAGAAACGGAGAUUUGGAGCGGGUGAAAAGACUUGUCAAAGCAGAGGAUGUAAACAGUAGAGACACCGCGGGUAGGAAAUCGACACCGCUUCAUUUCGCCGCUGGAUUUGGCCGCAGGGAUGUGGUUGACUAUCUACUACAGAAUGGAGCCAAUGUGCAUGCCCGGGAUGACGGAGGCCUCGUAUCCCUGCACAACGCCUGCUCCUUUGGCCACAUUGAGGUGGUCAGCCUGCUCCUGUACCACGGGGCUGAUCCGAACUCCAGGGACAACUGGAACUACACGCCCCUCCACGAGGCCGCCAUGAAGGGGAAGAUUGAUGUCUGCAUAGUGCUGCUACAAAAUGGAGCAGAAUCGACAAUUCGUACCACAGACGGAAGGACAGCGCUCGACCUGGCUGAGGCAUCCACCAAAGCAGUGCUGACUGGUGAAUAUAGAAAAGAUGACCUGCUUGAAAGUGCAAGGACUGGGAAUGAAGCCAAGCUUCUGGGCUUGCUCACACCAUUGAAUGUGAACUGUCAUGCCAGUGAUGGUCGGAAGUCCACCCCUCUGCAUCUGGCUGCCGGCUACAACCGCGUGAAGACAGUGAAGCUGCUGUUACAGCGAGGGGCUGACGUUCAUGCUAAAGACAAAGGUGAUCUGGUGCCUCUUCACAACGCCUGUUCCUAUGGACAUUAUGAAGUCACUGAGCUUUUGGUAAAGCACGGUGCUUGUGUGAAUGCCGUGGAUCUGUGGCAGUACACUCCCCUGCACGAGGCGGCCUCCAAGAACCGGGUGGAUGUGUGCUCUCUUCUCCUCAGCUAUGGCGCCGACCCCACUUUCCUGAAUUGCCACAACAAGAGUGCCAUUGACCUGUCCGCCACCUCCCAGCUCAAACAACAGCUGGCGUAUGAGUACAGAGGUCAUGCCUUGCUUCAGGCGGCUCGCGAGGCCGAUAUGGCUCGUCUUAAGAAGCACCUGUCACUGGAUACCAUCACGUUCAAGCAUCCUUUAACCCAUGAGACCGCGCUGCACUGUGCAGCGACUUCUCCCUACCCCAAGAGAAAGCAGGUGUGCGAGUUACUGCUGAGGAAAGGGGCCAGUGUGAAUGAGACCAGUAAAGACUCCCUCACGCCUUUGCAUCUGGCGUCUGAGGAAUCCCACAAUGACAUAAUCGAGGUGUUGGUGAAACAUGAAGCAGAGGUCAAUGCCUUGGACAAGCUGGGCCAGACCGCCCUGCACCGCGCAGCCCACCGUGGCCACCUCCAGACCUGCCGUCUGCUCCUGAACUCCGGCUGCGACCCACUCAUCACCUCCCGGAUGGGCAGUGAGAGCUUCCAGGAGAGACUACAUGGACGUUUGUUCGGAAAAACCUACGUGGACCUUAGGUUACUAGAAGCAUCAAAGUCUGGAGAUUUGGAGAUUGUCAAGAAGUUAUGCACCAUGCAGAAUGUCAACUGCAGGGACGUCGAAGGCCGUCAGUCCACCCCGCUCCACUUUGCGGCGGGUUACAACCGCGUGUCGGUGGUGCGGUAUCUUCUCCUGCAUGGGGCGGACGUCCACGCCAAAGACAAAGGUGGCCUGGUCCCUCUACACAACGCCUGCUCGUACGGCCACUUUGAGGUGGCCGAGCUGCUGGUCAUCCACGGCGCUGUGGUCAACGUAGCGGACCUGUGGAAGUUCACACCGCUACACGAGGCAGCCGCCAAGGGCAAAUACGACAUCUGCAAACUGCUGCUGCAGCAUGGUGCGGACCCGAUCAAAAAGAACCGAGACGGGAACACCCCCCUGGACCUGGUGAAGGAUGGGGACAAGGACAUCCAGGACCUGCUGAGAGGAGAUGCUGCCCUGUUGGACGCAGCCAAGAAGGGCUGUCUGGCCCGGGUCAAGAAGCUCUGCAGCCCAGAUAAUGUCAACUGUAGGGACACAGGUGGACGCCACUCUACACCGCUACAUUUGGCGGCUGGCUACAACAACCUGGGGGUAGCGCAGUACCUGCUGGAGCAUGGAGCUGAGGUCAACUCCCAGGACAAGGGAGGGCUCAUCCCCCUGCACAACGCUGCCUCCUACGGGCAUGUAGAUGUGGCCGCUUUGCUCAUCCAGUACGACGCAUGUGUGAACGCCACUGAUAAGUGGGCCUUUACUCCACUGCAUGAGGCAGCGCAGAAAGGGAGGAGCCAACUGUGUGCCCUGCUAAUGGCCCACGGGGCCGACCCCGCCCUCCGCAACCAGGAAGGCCACUCUCCGCUGGACCUCGUCACGGCGGACAAUGUUCGUGCCUUGUUGACGUCAGCCAUGCAGCCAUCAGCCCUGCCUGGUUGCUAUAAACCUCAGGUCAUUAUUAUGAAAGCCCGUGUUGGGGUCCCCCCCAGCCGCUCAGCCAGCUCCACGCCCCGGUCCACUCUGGCCUCCUACCAGGACACCACCUUCACUGCCUUCCCUGAGCUACCUGCUCUCCUAGGCCCGUCUGGUGGAGCUGUGGGCCUAGACAAGGAGCGUGUGCACCUAAGUAUUGGCGAAUUCCUCAACAACCUGGGACUGGAGCAUCUACUUGAGAUCUUUGACAGAGAACAGAUAACUCUGGAUGUCCUGAUAGAAAUGGGACACAAAGAGCUGAAGGAGAUCGGCGUUACCGCCUACGGACACCGACACAAAAUUAUCAAAGGAGUGGAGAGACUUAUCAGCAGACCUCAACGUUUGAACCCAUACAUUUCAUUAAACAUAGCGAGCAGCGAGACCAUGCUGAUUGAUCUGGUGUCUGAGGACAAGGAAUUUCAGUCGGUGGAGGAGGAGUUGCAAAGUACAAUUCGAGAGCACAGAGAUGGAGGUCAUGCAGGAGGGUUUUUUAACCGAUAUAACAUUGUCAAGAUCCAGAAAGUGUACAACAAGAAGCUUUGGGAGAGGUACACCCAUCGAAGAGAGGAGGUCUCUGAGGAGAAUCACCUUCACUCCAACGAGCGAAUGUUGUUUCACGGUUCGCCGUUUGUCAGUGCUAUAAUCCACAAAGGUUUCGAUGAGAGGCACGCUUACAUUGGAGGCAUGUUUGGAGCCGGCAUCUACUUUGCUGAGAACUCGUCUAAAAGCAACCAGUAUGUCUAUGGGAUUGGUGGAGGAACAGGCUGUCCUCUGCACAAAGACCGGUCCUGCUACGUGUGCCAGAGGCACCUGCUGUACUGCAGGGUGACCCUGGGGAAGUCCUUCCUGCAGUUCAGUGCCAUGAAGAUGGCCCACUCCCCUCCAGGACACCACUCUGUCACAGGGAGGCCCAGUGUUAAUGGACUGGCUUUGGCAGAGUAUGUCAUCUACAGAGGGGAGCAGGCUUAUCCAGAGUAUUUGAUCACCUAUCAGAUCUUAAGGCCUGACGCUUCUGUGGAUGGAUAGAACAAAAGAGAGAAGAACGACUAGCGAAUUCGACCGAAGAUCCUCUGAGCAAGUUUCUUUUAUGUUUUGUGCAGCAACAGCUUUACUAAAUGCGUGCACAAACUAUUAUUUUAUAGUUGUUUUACUUUUCAUUUAAAGCACUUUAUUAACAGUGGGUGGAGUUGGACAUGAGCAUUUUUCUUUUAGUUGUACACUAGCUAGUUGUGGUGUACAACAAGUUAAAGUCUAACACUGUUUUCAAAAAUUAUGUUACGUUAAAGCAAAUUGCAAAAACUUUGAAGUACUUAUUUUAUGAAGACCUUGUAUAUGUUUUGUACUGGCAUGUUAAUUUAUUGACAUUUCUUUGACUCCUAUGCCCAAGUUAUUGUACAUUAAUAAAAUAAUUAUUUCAGCAGAACCAUGCUGACACAAUCUGUUGUCAGCCAAGUCAGGACUCAUCAUGAAACAUAUCAAAUCUUUUGGAGUAGGAAAUACAAAUGUGCAUUUCUUGUUUGUGAAGCCUAGUUGGCCACUCCCUGUUCUUCUGUUUACUUCCAUCUGGUGCCUAUUGCCUCAUGAACACAUCUGGCUUAUUUACCAGCCACUGGAUGCAGUUUAGAAUCUCUAACUGCGUUAAAUAAUUUGGUCUCCACAGUGACCAUCAAAACAUCUGGAUUAGUGUACUUUCAAUCUGUAACGGUGGCAUCAGCAAUUCACAAUACAAUUUUGUCACUGUCUGUAAAGGCCUUCCAUAUUGAUUCCUAAAUUGUCAUUAUCUCAAACCGUUCUACAGAGAAGUAUAAUGAACGUUUGUGUUGCUUUGAAAGUGGUUUGUUAAAUACUUCUCAAAGGUGAUGAAAGCGAUGCAAUGCAUAGAGAAACAACACAUGUAGCUAAUGUAUAUUUUCCUUUGCCUUGCAUGGUUUGGAUGCCCUAGUGUAAACCCUCCUGUCAGUCCAAAUAAUGUGUGAACUGAGAGUAAAAAGCUGUAGUUGUGUAGUUCUCACAGCAUUGGGUUUCUCUUAGUAUUCCUGUUUUGUUAACUCUCAUAACAGACCUGUACUUCAUUGUGUUAGCAGUGUUUGUUUAGUACUAUGUGGCUAAAUAUACAUUGCGUGUCAUGGCUGGACCUGGGGGGAAUCACUUCUACAACCAGCCACAUCAAAAUAAACGACAUAUUUGUGAAUCCCAGGUUAACAAUUUGUUGUUUGCCUUAUUCCUAAUAAUUUGUUGUGGCACUGAUCAAUAAUGCCCUCACCGCUGUAUCUGAUAUCUCCUUUUUUGGGGGGUAGAAAAAUAAAUCUUGUUAACUAAAUGUUU